AGGCAUUGUUAUGGAAAGAAAUCCAUUACAAAUCCAUAUGUUCAACAUAUGUAUUUGAAAUAAUGAUUGUAAAAUAACAUCGGUCGUUUGAGACAAUAUAUUGUAUACUAAUCUUCUUAUUAUAUGCAUAAAAAUGAAUUUCUGUCUGUCUGACCAAAAGAUAUUUUAGUUAUCAGAUAAAGAUUGUCGCUUCGGUUUCCUUUGUUCUGCUGUCCGAAACAUGUGUGGUACCUAAGCGAUCAUACACAUAUUACGUAAGCAUUUUUUCUGGGUUUUUUCAUAACUAAUCAGAGAAUAAAUCAGUUUUAGGCGAAACGAAAUGUGGUUGGGUCUGCUAGUGUCAAAUAUAAAGGUAUGCGAUGCGCGCGCCUCUAGUUGUAAAACUUGUAAGCAGUCGAAUUUAAAAUGAUCGUUGAGCUGAUGGUUGUUAGAAAUCUCAUCAGUGUUACGUAUGUUUGUCUGUUCUUAUAGUCUGGACAGACUAUAACAAUGAUUUCUCAACUGGAAUGAUGUGCUUCGGUGACCUUCCCCAUAGAACUUUCCAAGCAGUAAUUAUCUCGGUAAUUAUGACACCGCUUUCUCAUCGGUUGACUGACGCCUCAUGCUUGCGUUGAGCGUACGCCAUCGAUUGCCCCAUGGCGGUGUGAUUUCAUCGAUUUCGGAACAUGUCAUUAGCUAGACAGGUGGAAAUGACCAAUUUCGCAGUUUCCUAGGCAUGAUUCUGCACUAUGUUUGCUUAAAUUCAAGGAGUCCGCCCUAUUGAGUGACUAUUUGGUGAUGUGAGAAAUUGGUGUGAAUAUCUCUGUUCUAACAGUUCAGCAUGAGUACUAGACAUGAAUGUCGUAACGGUAGUAGUCAUGAUGCUAUCUCUGAUAAUGUUCAAUCCAAGUGAGAGUGCUAUGACGAUUAAACAACUUAAAAAUUCACUGGACAUGAUGAGGAAGGCAUGUGCACCGAAGUUUAAUGUCGUCGAAGCAGCACUAGAUGAGUUAAAGGCCGGACGUUUUUCAGAAGAUGCGGAUAAAGAACUGAAAUGCUAUACCAUGUGUAUUGCUCAAAUGGCUGGAACGCUUACGAAAAAGGGGGAUCUUAGUCUGUCCAAGACAACUGCACAAAUCGAAGCUAUGUUACCACAAGAACUUAAAGCUCCCGCCAAGGAAGCUUUGAAUGCUUGUAAGGAUACACAAGCUGGAUACAAGGAUCCGUGUGAGAAAGUAUUUUAUUCGGCAAAGUGUGCUGCUGAAUUCAAUCCAGAUGCUUUCGUAUUCCCUUAAGACGAACUUUUGACCUAGCGAUGACUACGGAAACAUGAGAUCGGAAUAUGUAAUCUGCACAAAUAAACAAUCGCUCCACAUCCUCAUCCUCUACAAAAAAAAGUUUUCAAGUGCUAUUAUCUCUAUUAGCCUCUGUGUCAUAAGUGUUAAUCGAUUGUAUUUUAUGUAUGUUAUGUAUGUUGUAGAGAAUUGUAUAAAAUAAAUAUUAUGUUUUAUCAAUAUUUUGUCUGUCUCAUAUUAAUAUGAAAACUAGUUAGUAUAAUAAUAGAAAAAUGACUAAUAUACAUUAUUUUUUGC